CAGCACCUGGUGCUCAUGCGCCUCCUCACCGGCGGCGCCGGAGCCGCCCCGGGCAUCCCGUUCAUAGUCCGCACGGUCGACGCCUUCGGGUCGACCGUCCUGGCCGAGGGCACCGACGCGACAGGGUUGCUGUACUGGGUGCACGCUUGGACUGUUGGUCCCGGCGGGCGGGUAACGGAGGUGCGUGAGUACUGCAACACGGUGCUCCUCGUGACCAGGCUCGGCCGUGCCGCCGAGGAGACGACGGCCUACUCGCAGCCUCCGUCGCAGCACGUGUGGCAGAGCCGGCUGCCGGACCACGCUCGCAGGAAGCUCCCUGCCCUCGUGCUCGCCAUCUGAUUCUGUUCUGAACUUCUGAUCACUCCUCCAAUGGAUCUUCGCUGAUGACAUGUGAUCUUGUUGGUCCAUGUGCUCUCUAAGCUGUACGU